UCAUAAACAUACCCGUGAAGUGUGAACGUGAUUCCUCUGAAAUUAAAAGAAAAAGAACAGAAAAAGAGGCACAAACCCAAAAAACAAAAAAGAGAGAGAAAAAUUAAGAGAGAGAAAAAACCAAAACCAAAAGAGCUCCGUCGAUCCGCCAACACGCCGCCGUAUGGAGGGUGUCGGAGCCCGAUUGGGCCGAUCUUCUAGUCGUUACGGAACCACAACAGUCUUUAACGGCCCGGUUAGAAAAUGGAAGAAAGAUUGGGUCCCAAUAACUCCAUCUUCUUCUUCAUCUUCAAACAACUCACAUCAUCAUCAACAACAACAUCAUCAUCAACAUCACCAUCAUCAUAACAAUAACCAUCAUCAUCAUUCUUCUUCCAAUGGUUCUGUUAAUGGUAGUAAUGGUAACAGUGUAUCUCAUCUUCGUCUCUAUAAGUGGACCCCAGUUAACAAGGAGAAUUCUAAUUCUAAUUCUAAUUCUAAUGAUAAUAAUAAAGUUAGUAGUAGUAAUAACAAUAAUAAUAGUAAUAUUCUUGUUAAUGGAGGAAGUAAGGAUUCUUCUGUUAGUGACGACGUCGUUUCUGAAGAACCUCCCAGAAGAAAAUUCAAGUAUAUUCCGAUUGCAGUGCUAGAGGAACCAAAGAAAGAAGAGGAAGAGAAUACUGACGAUGAUGACGAAGCUAAGCCAGUUGAGAGCGAUGAGAAUACGGGAGAGCAAGCUUCUAAAAGUGAUGGUAAUGACGAAAAACCUGACAUUAAUGAUGUGCCCAUGGAAGAGAACCAGGCUGUUGAAGAGAACCAAACUCCACCAGCACGGCAAGAUUUGAAUGAAUUGGAUUUGAGUCUUGGUUUGACAUCCCAUGAUGAGGAGCAUGAUUCCGACUCUAAGACAGACCCGGAAAAGGAUGUACAACCAGAAAGAUCAAAUUCCGGGGCAUGAACCUAAUAACCAUACACGCCCGAUUAUUACUGGGAGGUCGGCUCAGCCCUGUGUUUCCUUGAUUUGAUCCUUUCCUCUACUCUUUGUUGUGUUGUUAUCUUCGACUUGUUAAUGGAGUGAAGUCCCCUGUGAAUGUAAUUUUUAGUCCAUUUGAAUGUUUCCAUUAACUGAGCUGAUUGUAUUUGUAACGGUUAUUGUGUACUUAAAAAGAUACAAUACGACAUUCUCUCAUUUUUCACUGAUUUAAAA